AUGGCAGCUAGGGACCGCUUUGGUGGUGCCUAUGCUGACCUAGGCUUCACCCCUCUCCAACGGGCGAUUCGGAAUGCCUGCGAUCUAUCCCACUACGAACCGAAUCUCGCUCUGAACCUCGAAGUUGCAGACCUGGUCAAUUCCAAGAAAGGCAAUGCUCCCCGAGAAGCAGCAUUUGACAUUGUUCGCCUUAUAAACUCCCGGAAUCAGAAUGUUUCAUUACUAGCUUUGGCGCUUUUGGACAUAUGUGUUAAGAACUGCGGAUACCCCUUUCACCUCCAGAUUAGCACCAAGGAAUUUUUGAAUGAGCUGGUCCGCCGCUUCCCCGAACGGCCGCCUCUGCGGGCCACCAGGGUCCAACAUCGCAUCCUCGAGUCGAUAGAAGAGUGGAGACAGACUAUAUGUCAGACAUCCAGGUAUAAAGAUGACUUGGGGCAUAUCCGUGAUAUGCACCGGUUGUUACUCUACAAGGGCUAUGUGUUUCCUGAGAUACGGCGCGAGGAUGCGGCGGUCCUGAACCCGAGUGACAACCUCCGUUCCGCGGAGGAAAUGGAAGAGGAGGAACGAGAGGCGCAGUCGGCUAAGUUGCAGGAGUUGAUUCGGAGAGGUACACCAGCAGAUCUGCAGGAAGCGAACCGAUUGAUGAAGGUCAUGGCUGGAUUCGACACCCGGCAUAAGACUGAUUAUCGGGCUAAGGCGGCAGAAGAAGUUGCUAAAGUUCAAGAGAAGGCCAAGCUGCUGGAGGAGAUGCUACAGAGCCAGGCGCCGGGUGAUCGAAUUGCGGAGGGUGAUGAACUGGCAAAUGCCCUCCAAAGUGCGCACCCCAAGAUCCAGAAGAUGUGCGAGGAGGAAUCGGACGACCCCGAGGCCGUGCACAAGCUGUUGGAGAUUAAUGACAGUAUACACCGUACCAUUCAGCGAUACAAGCUUGUGAAGAAGGGCGACCACGAGGCAGCGUCAAAGAUCCCGAAGGGUACCUUGGGCACUACAACGGGAGUGUCAAAGAACGCGAACAACGAGCUGUCCUUGAUUGAUUUUGAUCCGGAGCCUAGCUCUAAUGGCAACGCGGAGCAGCCGCAGGGGUCUAGCUCUAUUGAAAAUGACCUACUAGGAUUGUCCAUUGAUGAGCCAGCUCCCUCCGGAGCGAGUCCGCCCAUGCCUCAGAUUCCCCAGAACCCUCCUGCAUAUCAGCAAAACUUUGAUAUUCUUGGUUCGUUAAGCGCAUCUCAACCUCCGUCUCAGUCAUCCACUCCAAUCCCUGGAUUCCCGCAAUUUCAGAACGCUACGGCGACGCCUCCACCUCCUCCAGCCGACCCAUUCGCAUCAUUAGUGUCUGCUAGUCCUCGACAGCCAAGCCCACUUCCCUCUGCGGCUUCCCCAAGUCCUCGACCGCCCGCCUCCUCUUCUCUUCUCGACCUCGCUGGAGCAGAGCCGAAAGGCAAAGCCCCGGAAGACGACGAGUGGAACUUCACGUCGUCCCUUCCGGAAAGCAGCACCCUGCCGAGCCAGAAUCGAGUGCAAGUGCUGAACUCGUCACUGAAAGUCGAGUUCGUGGUGAGAAGGCAUCCGCAACAACAACGACAAAUUCAUAUAGUGGCUCGCUUUUCAAACGGGACAAGCCAAGCAUUGAACGAUCUUCAUUUUCAAGUCGCUGUAGAAAAGGCAUAUACUCUUCACCUGCGUCCGCAAUCCGGGCGCGACAUUGCACCCCUUCAAACGAACGGCGUACAGCAGGAAAUGCUCAUUGACGGCAUCGACCUGGGCAAGGGCAACUCUGUCAAGAUCCGGUUCCGGGUGUCGUACCGGCUGGGCAACGAGUCGAAAGAAGAGCAAGGAAUGGUUCCAGCAUUGGGCAUUGCAUAA